UUACAAAAACUUCUCUAUGUGAUUUACACCUUCCUCUCCCCAUCUCCUCUCCUCUCUCUCAUUGGCAAAAAUAGAAUUGUUUACCUUCUCCCCCCUCUUCUCUCUUUCUUAUAUUUUUUUUUUCUUUCCUCCACUUCUCUCCUCGUCUCCUUCUCCUUCUUCUCUCUACUUUAGAGAGAGAGAAAGAGAGAGAAUUAGGCAUGAAGAACACCAUAAGGUGCUGCAUCUCCUGCAUUCUUCCAUGCGGAGCACUCGACGUAAUUCGAAUAGUACACGCCAAUGGCCGGGUUGAAGAGAUAAGCGGCACAAUCCGAGCUGCCGAGAUCAUGAAAGCUCAUCCAAAGCACGUCUUGAAGAAGCCCUCAUCGCCAUCAGACGGUGGCUGUUGUCCGAGGAUCGUGAUCGUGCCGCCCGACGCCGAGCUUCAGCGCGGGAAGAUAUACUUCCUCAUGCCGGUGCCAUCGACGACACAGGAGAAAACCCGGUCGUCGAGGUCAUCGACAAGGAGGAAAAAGAGAGAAGCUGCACAAACCAAUGUGAAUACAAGUAUUUCUAUGACGGCGACAACGAACCUUCUCAUUUCUGAUCGGUAUUUGAGCGAAAUCCUAUCGGAGAAGCUGUCUACGCAGAGGGACCGGAGGCGAGGCCGUGCCGGAGUCUGGAGGCCUCAUUUAGAGAGCAUAUCGGAGACUCCAACCGAAGUUUAAUGGCCGGUUAUGUUUUGAUUCUUCUUAUCAUUAAUUUUCAAUCCAUUAGGGUUCUUGUUUCUUAUUAAACUCUCCUUUUCUUUUUUCUUUUCUUUUUUCUUUUGGGUUUUGUUUUGUUUUUGUUUUUGUAUAUAUAAUCAUAGAGAUAAGAAAAGAAAAAAAAAUAAUUAUGUAAAAGUUGUGUCAUGGCCUCGAUAUUGUGUUGAUGACUCUGAACAGUUCUGGUUGGAUCUCGGUUCCGGAAAGUGGCCGGAAAAUGGGCACAGUAGCCGGAAGUGAACUUUUAUUGGUUUUGAGCUUCGUUGAAGUGUGCUUCUAGUUAAAAAAUAUGAAUGGAGGCUGUAAUUUUUGUAAUGUGGAUGCCUAGAGAGAGAGAGAGAGAGAGGGAGAGAGAGAGAGAGUAUUUUUUAUUUUUUUUUCAAGAGAGAUUGGUGUUGAGAAAGAUCCCACUUGUACUGUUCAGUGUUUUAGCAAUGUAAUAUUUUUCUUAUAUUUUUCUUUUUUGGGGUAAUAAGAAUAUUGAAGGUGAUUGUGAUGUGAUUA